AUGCCUAUGUACGGUGAUCACGGCCUCAAACUGGUCGUCCAAGCCAAAAGAGCUCAGAACUUGGCACAUCUGCCACCCUACGAGACUGAGCUCGUCCGCGAGGCGGCGCGCGAGGUCCGCGACCUAGACCGCGAUGUCGCCAAUAUCCUGGAGCCGUUCCAAGGCUCGUUCGACCCAAAUGCGAACCAGGGCGCGGCCGGCACGCUCCUGACGAAUCACCUGUCCAUGCGGCGGAACAAGCGGUGCCUGCUCGCCUACCACAAGACGAGGACGGACAAACUUGAGGAGUUGGUGUGGCGUGGUGCAGACGUGGUCGACCUCUCUGGGCAGCAGGUCAGGGACGGGGCGCGGGGUGCGAAUGCUCCUGGGGCCGCCGGGCGUCCAAACGAUGGCGGGACUAGCAGCCUCAGUCCGCAGGAGGAGGACUACGUCAGGCAGUACGGUGAUCUGCUGGCUGCGUAUAAGGGACAAUGGACCGAUAUCGAUUUGACGGGGACGCUAGAGCCCCCGAGAGAUUUGUUUAUUGACGUCCGUGUGUUAAAGGAUGCGGGUGAGAUCCAGACGGAAUACGGUGCAAUCACCUUGACCAAAAACAGCCAAUUCUACGUCAGACAGGGAGACGUCGAACGACUGAUCGCCCAAGGAUACCUGCAAAAAUUGAGCUAGAUGUCCCUUUCCAGGGCUCGCUCUGUCGAGCUUGCGAGAGUGUCUCUCUCUUGCCCGCCAUGGAAGGAGCAGCACGACGCUCUAAAGGCUCAUGCCAUCUGGCUUCAUACGUGCAAAUGAGCCAUGGUACGACUGUAAUGGCGUGUGCAGACGAUCGAUCGCACGCCUCGUCACAUAUACACACAAGAGACGUUGCGGAGCAGCCAAUCAACUACUUUCUGACUCG